UAUUUGAAAUUUGAUUAUGAUCGAAUUUUGAGGGACGUUUCUUCAAAAGAAAAUUUUGAAAAACACGGCUUAUUCCGAUUUUUGAGGUUUUAAUGACGUUUUAAAACGUCACCCGUCCCGAAAGGGAUAAAAUAUAGCCUUUGUAAAACAGAUUCGGGUCACGUAUCUUUUAAAAUUUUGCUAUUAUUCAGACUCUGAUUACUUAUAUUAAGUAUUAGAAGAGGAUGUUUACCGAGUUUUUGUCUCUUCUAUUCAGAAGAACAUUCGAUAAUAAUAGAAUGUACGUUGUAAAACUCAUAGAAAAAUGAAAGUGUAAAAAGCAGCGUUAAAGUUGACAAAAAAGUUAGGGUAUAAAUCAUUAGUUUUAAUUCUUUAUUCAAGUUAACUAUACGUAUAAUCCUCGCCAUUAUUUUAAAUAAAAGAACAUUAUUUUUAUAGAAUGCUAACUAAAUUUGAAAGUAAAUCGGCUCGUGUGAAAGGCCUAACGUUUCAUCCCAAACGCUCAUGGGUGUUAGCAUCGUUACAUAGUGGUGUCAUACAAUUAUGGGACUAUCGUAUGAAAACAUUAUUAGAUAAAUUUGAUGAACAUGAUGGUCCUGUCCGUGGUAUUCAUUUUCAUAAUGCCCAACCAUUGUUUGUAUCUGGUGGUGAUGAUUAUAAAAUAAAAGUUUGGAAUUAUAAACAACGUAGAUGUUUAUUUACGUUAUUGGGUCAUCUUGAUUAUAUUCGUACAACAUUUUUUCAUCAUGAAUAUCCAUGGAUUAUCAGUGCAUCGGAUGAUCAAACAAUUCGAAUAUGGAAUUGGCAAUCGAGACAGUGUGUGUGCGUUAUGACUGGUCACAAUCAUUAUGUGAUGUGUGCACAAUUUCAUCCAAGUGAUGAUUUAGUUGUAUCAGCAUCCUUAGAUCAAACAGUUCGUGUUUGGGAUAUAUCCGGUUUACGAAAAAAAAAUGUUUAUUCUUCUCCUGAUACUCUUCAAUCUCAAAUUCAACGUACAACGGGUACACCUGAUUUAUUUGGCCAGGCUGAUGCCGUUGUUAAACAUGUAUUAGAAGGUCAUGAUCGUGGUGUGAACUGGGCAACAUUUCAUUCAACAUUGCCGUUAAUCGUAACAGCAGCUGAUGAUAGAGUGGUGAAAUUAUGGAGAAUGAAUGAAAGUAAAGCAUGGGAAGUCGAUACAUGUCGUGGUCAUUAUAAUAAUGUGUCAUGUGUUAUAUUUCAUCCAAGACAAGAUCUUAUAUUAAGUAAUGGAGAAGAUAAAUCAAUUCGUGUUUGGGAUAUGACAAAACGUGUUGCUGUGAAUACAUUUCGACGAGAAAAUGAUCGUUUUUGGAUAUUGGCAAUGCACCCAACAUUGAAUUUAUUUGCGGCCGGUCAUGAUAAUGGAAUGAUUGUAUUUAAAUUAGAACGAGAACGACCGAUAUAUGCUGUUGUGGGUAAUAUUGUUUAUUAUGUCAAAGAUAAAUAUUUAAGAAAAUUAGAAAUUGUCACAUCCAAAGAUGUACCAUUAAUGACGUUAAGAAGUGGUCCACGUGCUCCUUAUUAUUCGAUGUCAUAUAAUCCAGCUGAAAAUGCUAUAUUAAUAACAACUCGUGUUCCAUCUCAAUUAGACAAUAGUAUUUACGAUUUAUAUGCUGUACCAAAAGAAAAUACUGAUUCAACGUCACAGACUCCAGAUGCUCCAGAAGGUAGACGAUCAUCGGGUUUAAAUGCUAUAUGGGUAGCACGAAAUCGCUUUGCUGUACUAGACAAAAAUCAUGUUAUUUUGAUCAAAAAUAAUAAAAAUGAAAUAACAAAAAAGAUACAAUUACCACACUGUGAUGAAAUAUUUUAUGCUGGUACUGGUCUCAUAUUAAUUCGUGAACAAGAUCAUGUAACAUUGUAUGAUGCACAACAAAAGCGUUCAUUGGCAUCAGUAAGAAUAACAAAAGCUAAAUAUGCUGUAUGGUCAAAUGAUAUGUCCUAUGUAUCAUUGUUAUCAAAACAUCAACUAGUUAUAUGUAAUAGAAAAUUAGAACAACUAUGUAUGAUACAAGAAAAUGUACCGUUGAAAUCCGGUGCAUGGGAUGAUAGUGGAGUAUUUAUUUACACCACAAUUAAUCAUAUUAAAUAUGCACUGUUGAACGGUGAUCAUGGUAUAAUUCGUACAUUAGACUUACCGAUUUAUAUCACAAAAAUUAAAGGAAACAGCGUAUUCUGUUUGGAUCGUGAAGUUCGACCGCGUCUAUUAACCAUUGAUCCCACAGAAUUUAAAUUUAAAUUGGCAUUAGUUAAUAGAAAAUAUGAUGAAGUACUCCAUAUGGUUCGGACAGCAAAAUUAGUUGGUCAAAGUAUUAUUGCCUAUUUACAAAAAAAAGGUUAUCCAGAAGUGGCAUUACACUUUGUUAAAGAUGAAAAAACAAGAUUUGGUUUAGCAUUGGAAUGUGGAAACAUUGAUAUUGCAUUAGAAGCAGCCCGUGCAUUAGAUGAUAAACAUUGUUGGGAAAAAUUAGGUGAAACAGCGUUGAUGCAAGGCAAUCAUCAAAUUGUUGAAAUGUCUUAUCAACGAACAAAAAAUUUUGACAAACUAGCAUUUCUCUAUUUAAUAACGGGAAAUUUAGAAAAACUACGAAAAAUGAUGAAAAUUGCUGAAGUUCGAAAAGAUGUUAGUGGUCAGUUUCAAAUCGCCAUGUUGUUGGGUGAUGUGGAAGAAAGAGUGAAAUUAUUAAAACAAUGCAAUCAAAAAUCAUUGGCAUAUGUAAUGGCUGCAACACAUGGUUUAACAGACGAGGCUGAAAAUUUAAGACAAAUAUUAGAAACAAGUCAAGAUAAUUUACCUGAAAUUAAUCCCAACAGUGAAUUGCUUCAGCCACCAUGUCCAAUAGCUCAGCAAGAAUCCAAUUGGCCACUGUUAGCAAUAUCCAAAGGGUUUUUUGAAGGUGCAAUGAUCAGAAGUGGUCAGUCGGGGACAGCUAGUGGUGUUGGUUUAGUUACUCAAACAGCAACAAAAUUAGCAGCAAAUGUAAAUAUUGAUGAGACAGUGAAUACUGGUGGAGAUUGGGCCGAUGAUGAAGCAGAAGUGAUUCUUGAUGAAGAUGGAAAUAGAGAAACGACAAACGCUGAUGAAACAAAUGAGAAAGGAGAAGGAUGGGGUGAUGAUAUGAAUCUCGAUUUACCAGCUGAUCUUGACGUUGGCGGGGGCGCUAAUGUGAGUACAGAAGAUGAUCAAGAAGGAUUUUUUGUUGCACCAACCAAAGGGCAAUCUGUGUCACAACAUUGGGUGAAUAAUUCAAAAUUACCUGUUGAUCAUGUAUUAGCUGGCUCGUUUGAAUCAGCAAUGAGACUUCUUAAUGAUCAAGUUGGUAUUGUUCAAUUUGAUGACUAUAAACAAUUAUUUAUUCAAACAUACUCUAGAGCUAAAACAGCUUACACAGCAUUGCCAUCAUUACCAUCGUUAUUUUCCUAUCCAUUAAGAAAUUGGCGUGAUGCAACAGUAAAAAAUUAUUUACCAUCUAUUGGCGUUAAACUAGAAGAAUUAGUAUCUCGUUUACAACUGGCCUAUCGUUUAACAACCAACGGGAAAUUUGGUGAAGCUGUUGAAAAAUUUCGUUCUAUUCUAUUAUCUGUACCAUUGUUAAUUGUUGAUACAAGACAAGAUGUGACAGAAGCAACACAACUCAUUGAAAUAUGUCGCGAAUAUAUUAUUGGUUUACAAAUGUCUAUGGCUAAAAAAGAUUUACAAGGUGCCAAUGUUGAGAAACGUUCAUGUGAAUUAGCCGCCUAUUUUACACAUUGUAAUUUACAACCGGUACACAAAAUAAUGACAUUAAAAUCAGCAUUAAAUCAAGCAUUUAAAUUAAAAAAUUAUAAAAUGGCAUCAUCAUUUGCUAAAAGAUUACUAGAAUUGGGACCAACACCAGAUGUAGCACAACAAACUCGAAAAGUUCUUAGUGUAUGUGAGAAGAAUCCAGUUGAUGAAGUACCACUAAAUUAUGAUGAAUAUAAUCCGUUUGAUAUUUGUGCUGCAUCCUAUGUACCAAUUUAUAGGGGUAAACCAGUAGCUAAAUGUCCACUAAGUAGUGCUUGUUAUCUACCAGAAUUUAAAGGACAAUUAUGUCGUGUUACGAAGGCAACUGAAAUUGGUAAAGAAUGUUUAGGCUUACGUAUUAGUAUGGCACAAUUUCGAUAA